UUAAUUACUUAACGUGGCAAGAAAACGCGCUUUCAGAGGCGCCGUAGUGCGGGUCAGGAAUACCUUUGGACACGAUUCUCUUAGGUACACCAAAAGAGUUGUAUUUGCAUAUCGCCCCCAUCGGAAUACGGCCCUCGUGGCAGGAAAACGAACCCGCGUACUCGUUCUGAGCAGUACAACACCGUAACCACUGAGCUGUCACAAUGGGCACUGCAGGCAAAGAUGGUGAUUCUGCUAGGACUCGUCGUUGCAGCCGUGACCCUGGUGCACGCGCAACAGGACCAAAGCGGAGCGUACCAGUUCAAGUACGACAUAAAGGACCCUGAAGGAGGCAGUCACUUCCACGAGGAGUCGAGCGACGCGGGGGGCGCCCGACGCGGCUCGUACGGCAUGACCAACAGGGAGGGACAAUACGUCAAAGUUGAGUACACUGCCGACGAGAACGGCUACAAGCCGGUCAUCGACAGCAACGUGCCCGGAGUGUCGCGGCAAGGUUGAGCACGCAUGCAGCAGACACGACAGGACGCAUCGCAGUGCGGGGACUUUCGGCAGCGGCAUCGGUGCUUUCAUUUCAAUGACUUCAUUUCUCACUCCUCGGAACAGUAGCAGUUGCUUCCGGCUGGCGCAGAACAUCAUUGUGAUUAAGGAUGUUUGGAAUAUAAAGGGAAUCGCUUACAAGA